AUGCCAAUGUCAAAUGAACACAGUUUACCACCUGAACCCUGUUCAAAUCCACAAAUAAUUCAUGUUCAAAAUUCAAUAUCAACAGAAAUACAUUUUACAAUAAAACGUAUUAUUUCAUGGCGUCAAUGUACAACUCUAUGUUGUUUAAUUAUUAUUAUAACAUGGUUAAAUAAUGUUAAAGCUAAACCAUAUUAUAAAUCAUUUCUACAUGCAACUGAAAAUUUCUCAUCGAUUGGGCCAAAUCACAAUUGGAAUACAAAAGGCUUGAAUAUUGAACCAUGGGAACCACUGAAGAAACCGACAGAAAAUAAACAAGAAAAAUUGAACAUUGAUAUUAAACAAAAUGAAUGGAAUCAUGAUAAAAUAUUAUUGAAUAAUUUAAGAUUACAACAUCAAUCGCAUAAAUUGUAUUUGUUAAAUAAUGAUGGAGCAAAGUGUAAUGAUGGUUCAUCAGCAGGUUAUUAUUAUCGUCCAGCAAAGCAUGCUUCAGUGAGUAGUUGGAUAAUAUUUCUUGAAGGUGGUUGGUAUUGUUUCGAUGAAGAAACGUGUAUUUUACGCGAAUCCAAUGCAUUUUCGUUAUUCUCAUCGAAAUUUUGGCCAAAAACACGAUCGCUUGGUGGAAUACUCUCAUCCGAUUCAAAUGCAAAUCCAAAUUAUCACGAAUUUCAUAGUGUUUUUAUUCCCUAUUGUUCAAGCGAUUUAUGGACUGGGAAAAUGGCUAAUCGUAGUGGAGAUUUCUAUUUUCAUGGAUCACGUAUAGUGGCAGCGGUUAUUGAUGACUUACCUUGGCGAAAUGCAGCCUACACAGAAAAGGUCAUAUUUGCUGGAUCUAGUGCUGGAGGAAUUGGUGUCCUAAUGAAUAUCGAUCGAUUAGGUAGAAAAUUAUUUACCCGUAUUGGAUAUCCUGUCUUAGUGAGUGGAAUAAUCGAUUCAUCAUGGUUUAUUCACAUUCCUGCUUAUCAAGAAACUAAAUGUAUUAAUGCAUUUGAAUGUCCACCAGAAGAAGGUAUUCAUCGAGGAAUGAAAUUAUGGAAGCCUAGAAUACCGAAACCAUGUCGUAAAGCUCAUCCGAAAGAAGAAAAAUGGAAAUGUUAUUUGGCCCCUUUUAUGUAUCCACAUUUACGAACUCCAGUGUAUAUUGUUCAGAGUUUAUUCGAUGAAGCACAAAUGCAAAUGUCCAAAGUCCCAUUACUUACCGGUGGAACAUAUUCAAAAUGGACGUAUAUACAAAAUUUAGGCAAAGAAGUAGCACUCAGUCUUCAGUCAGCUGGAGGUGUAUUCGCUCCAUCGUGUUUAGAUCAUGAAAUUUUAACUAAAAACAAUUGGGUGCACAAAAUGAUUGGAACAAUAAGUUUAGUGAAUGCAAUCAAAUCAUGGGAUAAGGAAUUAGAAAAGCAAUGGAUAAAACAAAAAUUAUUAUAUUUUUCAAUUCAUUAUCCGAAUACUUUACUUAAAGUUCAACAACAUAGUACCAAUAAUCUACAAGAACCUAUUAAUACUGUCAGUUCAAAGACAGCCACAACAACAAAUUCCACUCUCAUGUUUUUAUCUCGUCUAGUCAAUUUGCUUAAUCAACAUCCUCAAAGGAUUAAACGUAGUCCGAUGAACAGUUACACAGACGAUAUCAAAGCAUUGAACUUUCAUGAUUUUACUAUUCCAAAAUCUUAUACAUAUGCAUUGACAAUGACUAGACCAAGUCAGUCGGAAUUAUCUAGAACAAUGAAACGACACAAAAAGCCACGAAAACACAUAAAUUCAAUAUUUAGAAAACACGCAAGUUCAUCCAUGUACCAUGUAAUUGAUUCGUGUGGGUUAUUUUCAGUAGAUGGAAAACAAGGUGCUUAUUUGUGUAGAAAUAUUCCAAGUGACACCUCAAGUAAUAAUAAUAAUAAUAAUAACAAUAAUAAUAAUCAAAAAAAUAGUACACAAAAUAAUUAUUUCACAAGCAGUCCAUUAAAAUACACUCCAGCUAUUGAUCAUCUAAUCCCACAGUGCAAUCCAACAUGCGGUUACUUAUCUAAUCCACAACGUAUGAAAUUAGUUGACGUCUUGGCGUUGUAUGAGGUCAAUACAGAUUUAUUAGCUAGUCUUUUAGGUUUAUCUACAUCGAAACUGAGAAGUUACGAUUCAGAACAACAAAUGCGUGCUCUUUUUUGUGGUAAUAAUCGAGUUCGACGUGGACUUAGUCGACUUAUCCUACCCCAACUCUCUGUAUAA